AUGGUGGAUGAGGGCGACGCGAAGAAUUCCCUUGAUGGGGAUGUCGAAAAGCAAGCUGUUGCCGCCAGGACGUCUGCGGAUCGUGAGGGCAACGACAACGGAGUCGACGACGGCCCUCUCGGUGCUGUCCACGUCGACGAGGCGAGCGAGGAGGAGAAUACGGUCUGGUGGGAUGGCGAAGAUGACUUGGCCAACCCGUACAACUGGCCGCGAUGGGUCAAGGUGUUCAACUGCGUCCUCAUCAGCUCCCUCACGUUUGUCACGCCACUGGCUUCGUCCAUGUUCGCGCCAGGCGUGCCGCAGCUCAUGGCCGAGUUCCAGAGCACAAGCUCCGAGCUGGCGUCGUUUUGCGUGUCCGUCUACGUGUUGGGCUACGCAACGGGCCCGAUGCUGUUUGCGCCGCUGUCGGAGCUGUAUGGGCGUGUCAUUGUCUACCACGGGUGCAACGUGGGCUUCGUGGCCUUCCUCAUCGCCUGCGCCAAGGCACCGUCGCUGUCCGCCCUCAUCGCCUUCCGCUUCCUGUCGGGCGUCUUCGGGUCAGCGCCCAUUACCAACGGCGGCGGCACCAUCGCCGACAUGAUCGUCCAGGAGAAGCGCGGCGCGGCCAUGGCCAGCUUCGCCAUCGGCCCCUUGCUUGGCCCCAUCAUCGGCCCCGUCGUGGGCGGCGUUGUCGCCGACGCUCUCGGCUGGCGUUGGGUCUUUUGGAUCAUUGCCAUCAUCGCCACCGUCCUCGCCCUCGUCUUCCUCGCCUUUGGGCGCGAGACGUACGCCCCCGUCAUCCUCGAGCGGCACGCCGCCCGCCUGCGCAAGGAGACGGGCAACCCGCGGCUGCGGUCCAAGCUCGACCCGGGCCUCUCGCCCGCCGACUACUUCAGGCGCGGCAUCCUCCGCCCCUUCAAGAUGCUCGCCCUGUCCCCAGUCUGCAUCAUCUGCAACAUCUACGUCGGCAUCGCCUACGCCUACCUCUACCUCAUGUUCACGAGUCUCACCCCACUCUUCAUGCGCAUCUACGGCUUCAACACGGUUCAUGCCGGCCUCGUCUUCCUCGGACUCGGUGUCGGCAGCCUCCUGGGUGUUGCCUACUUUUCCGUCUCGAGUGAUGCGUAUAUGAAGAAGAGGGCCGCUCGUGAUGCUGCUGCAGUAGCCGCCGCCGCCGCCGCCGCCGCCGCCACCACCACCACCACUGCUGCGCCCACUCCAGCAACGGACGAGACACGGAGCGCUGCAGUUGCAGUCACUACGCCGCCGGCAGGUACCGCGAGCCAACUUCGUGAGCCAGGUAUCAAGCCCGAAUACCGUCUCCCGCCGCUCAAGAUCGGCGCCUUCCUCCUCCCCGCCGGCCUCUUCAUCUAUGGCUGGACGGCCGAGCACCAUGUCCACUGGAUCGCCCCCAUCAUCGGCACCGCCGUCAUCGGCGUAGGCAACCUCGUCAUCUUCAUGAGCCUCCAGAUGUACCUCGUCGACUCCUUCACCCUCUACGCGGCCUCCGCCCUUGCUGCCAACGCCGUCGUCCGCUCCGUGGCCGGCGCCGUGCUGCCCCUUGCGGGCCUCCCCAUGUACGACCGCCUCGGCCUCGGCUGGGGCAAUUCGCUUCUGGGCUUCAUCGCCAUGCUCAUGUUGCCUGCCCCAUGGCUAUUCAUACGCUACGGCGAGUACUUGCGCCACAAAUUUGAAAUCAAGAACCUCUAG